AUAACUAUAAACUUGUUACACAAUGAGUUUCCAAGACAAAGUAGUAAUUGUGACCGGCGCCAGUUCUGGUAUUGGAGCGGCCACUGCUAUCAAAUUUGCAGAAGAAGGAGCUAAAGUAGCCUUAGUGGGCAGAAAUCAGGAAAAACUUAACAACGUCGCAAAGAAAUGCGGAAAUCCCUUAAUCAUCGCUGCUGACGUAUCAAAAGAUGAAGACGCCAAAAGAAUCAUUGAAGAAACCAUAAAACGUUUUGGGAAGAUUGAUGUUUUGGUAAACAACGCUGGUAUAGGAGGUGUUACCAACAUACUAGAUGAAGGUGUUAUCAAAGUUUUUGAUCAAAUAAUGAAUACAAAUCUACGCUCAGCUGUUGUUUUGACUCACCUCGCUGUCAAAACAAAAGGUAACAUUGUGAAUAUAUCAAGCGUUGCUGCAUACCGAGUGGCUCCUAGUUUUAUUGCGUACAACACAUCAAAGGCUGGAAUGGAUCACUUCACCAGAGCUGUAGCACUUGAAUUAGCCCCACACGGCGUUCGUGUCAACGUGAUCAAUCCAGGACCCGUGAAAACAGAUAUUAUAGAAAAUAUGGGAGCAACUAAGGAAGCGGCAGACGCAGCUUUUGAUAAUAUGCUGAAGGCAACUGCUCUUUCAAGAGUUUCGGAUUCUGACGAGAUAGCUGAUUUAGUUUUGUUUAUAGCCAGUGACAAAUCAAAAGCUAUCACAGGAUCAUCUAUAGUAACUGAUAACGGAGUUAUGUUGAAAAUGUGAUUCGACUUCACUCGGUUCCACAAGACUGUACCAAAUAGUACUUUUAAAUAACCUUUUUAGUAAUAAGUGUUAAGAAAUUGAAUCCGGGAUUGAAUCUUUAUCUGUUAACUGAUGUGAAAUUUUUAAUCAGUAACUAAUUUAUGUUACAAAUGUUUAGUGUACUUUCCGUGGCAAUUGUAAAUAAAUAAAUUUUAAGCGUGUGUACACUGAUUUUAUUAA